GGUUCCAGCUAUUCGUUAGCAACUAUAAAGAUUAAGACAUCAAUGAAAAUUAUAAAAAAAAAAUAUCAAAAAUCUGAGGCAAGCUCAAUACCACCGCAUAAGAGUGAGCUUUAUCAACAACUUUUGAGGGCCCACUAUAUUUCUUCUAUUUGGAGAAAUGCUUACAAAAAGCAACUCACAACUUUAGAUCCAUUGGAGUAUGGUUGGAUUGAGCAGGACAACAUAUAUGCCUUCAAAGGGUUCGAAGGUGACCAACUUCCAUAUUUUGUGAGUGACUUAAUCACCAAUGUUCCUGUAUUCGAUUCAAUGGUUGAUGAAGACGAGUCGCCUAACGAUAAAGAUGACUCCGAUGAUGAUGAUGAUGAAUGAAGAUUGAUAUAUAUAAUAUGUAAUGCAUGCAUGAUAUAUUUUUUUAACUGAUUUAACACUUUUAAAUUUUGUCUUGACGAAAUAAAAAUGAGGAAUUGAA